AUGCCCGGAGUGAAUGAUGUCCACGUAUCUUCAGUAAAACACCUUACCGUUAGUCACCAAAACGUCAUCAUCAAAAAAUUUGAUGACGCCGUCACUGCCCACACACAAGUUGAAUCAGCAAUUCACGUCCAAGCCAACAUGGAAAAUAUCAAAACUGUGUACAUCCAAAGUCGAGAGAAAUCCUCCAUUACAGCUUUCGGUAUCGAAGGAUGUUGUUCAUGUCUAUUUGGAGCAAACGUAACCGUCGUAUGCCACUCCACGGGAGAGCAGACCACACCCGACAACGCGUGUAACAAGCUACACCAAACUGCGACAUGCACGAAAAUGGUCAAAAUUAACCGAAAUGAAUUUUCACUUCAAUUCUCCAAAGUUAGCAGUGAACGGUACCAAUUCAUGCCCGUGAGGACAGUCGAACUUCCACAUAAUCCGCAUAACUUCUCGACUACGUCAAUGAUGCACAGCUUCAGGAGGACAUAUUCCUCAAUAGCGAUCAAGGAUCAGUCCGAGGAACAAAUUCGCGACACUAAUCAAAAAACAAUUGUGAUGUUGUUGUACCUGAUAUACGCGGCAAUCGUUCAACGAACUUCAGCCGGUAUUGUAGAUCUUAACUGCACAUACACAGAAGGAGAAAACGUAAAGUUCUCAGAAGGAGCAGUUAUUUGUCCAAACGUGCUUGAUGAUUCGGUAUGUGAGAAACUAUACGAGACUGAGGCCAAAUUAAAUGGAGCUGAUGAUCGGGACGCUAAAUGUUAUAAGAAUGGAGACGCGGUAGAUGCAUCAUUCAAGAAGGCCGCCAUAAGUAAUUGCCCACGAAGAUGUGGCUACUGUUGCAUGACUCCUGAAUACAGUUGUCCGAAUAAGCAGUGCUAUGAUCACGAUCGUAAUCAACACGAUCAUCCAUUACUUGCAGUUCCUCGCAUAAAAUGUUCUGCCGUCACUAAAACUAUGUGUCAGAGCUCCAUCUGGAGGAAUAUCAUCACCGAAGAUUGCCCUAAUGUCUGCGGUUUCUGCAAAACAGGUAAUUGUACUGAUAUAGCUCCGGAUUGCGAUCGCGACACAUCAAUUUGUGGACAAGUAGGGAUGCAGACAUUCGUGAAGGAGUACUGUAGAAGGACAUGUGGAUUUUGUUCCGAAGCAAGCACUCGCACAACCAACACGCCAACCACGGCUAGUGAAAAGUGCAAUCAGCUGCCAUCACAAAGACUAAGAGCUGAUUUCGCUGCGAUUUUUGCGCUGGUUUUGAUCCUGGAACAGACAUAA